AUGUUUCACCAGCUGCUCAAGCUAGUUCAGAAGGAGAGGGGAGACCAAGGAGAGACCAGAACGAGGCAGAAGAAAGCUGGCCUCCUGUCUUGGUUUAUUCGGAAGGCAUCAUCAGAAAAUUUCAUCAGUAACCAUGAAAAGCGUAUAAAGAAAUUGGAGGAAGUAAAAUCUGAAAUCCAGAAGUGUAAAAUCGAGGGGGAUGAACUUUCUCGAAUCCUGGACCUUUAUGUCAAUGAUGGUUUGAACUACAGGCUGAACAUUGAAUUGCCAAUGCUUAAAUCCCAACAUGAGAUGAGAACGAUGGAUAUGCAUAAGAUGACCAACUGGAUAAGUGAUGCCAUGGAGAAGUACAAGGAGCUCACACAAGAGAACAAUUCCUACCGCAUCAGAAACUUCCACCUCCUGAAUGAACGCAAUGAAUUGAAGAAGAAUGUAAGGAUUUUGAUGAAUGAGAACAGAAAACUGCUGGUGGAGCAGACUGAACUGCAAGCAUCCUGUGAGGAGGGAAAGAGGUUCUGUGAGGAGGCCAGCAAGACCAUCUACACCGCAGAUAUUGAAUCCUUGUGUCCUGUUACUUUUGAGUAA